AUUAUCUUCAUGAUAAGCAGACACUCGUCCAUAUAUUUUUUUCAAAUUAUUUAGAUUCUUAUCAAUUAAUGUAGUGCAAGUUGUUAAAAGUAAUUCAAUUAAUCGAUUGGCAGUGACAAUUAGCAGCAAGAAGUUUUCAAAAAUUAUCUCAAAAUUUGGGUAAACAACAAGUUGUUGUUAAUUUCUGUUUCGUAAUAAUAAGUGUGACCACACACGAGAAUCAUGAGCAGUGAUAAGAAAGUUCGAAGAUUUUUUACGCAAGCAUGUAUGCAAACAGCGGCUGGUGGAAGUGCAGGCUUCGUGGAAGUAUGCAUCAUGCAUCCACUGGAUUUAAUUAAAACACGCUUGCAAAUCCAAACUACACCGGCUAUGGCUGGAAGUAAUGCAUACUACAAUGGAGUUUUUGAUUGUGCUCGAAAAAUGGUUCAAAGCGAGGGAUUGUUUAGCGUUUACAAAGGCAUUUUGCCACCCAUUCUUGCCGAGACACCAAAAAGAGCAGCUAAAUUUUUGACAUUCGAACAAACAAAGUCAUUGUUUCUAUUUGGAAGUGAUAAGCCAACACCAUUAACAUUUUCAUGUGCUGGAUUGGCAGCAGGAGUAUUUGAAGCCAUUCUCGUCAAUCCUUUUGAGAUGGUAAAGGUAACAUUGCAGGCAAAUCGAAGCAAAACUGGCGAAUUGCCAAGUACAAUAGCAGUUGCGAAGCAAAUUAUUGCCAAGGAUGGAUUUGGCUUGCGAGGACUUAAUCGUGGUCUAACGGCAACGAUCGGUAGAAAUGGUGUUUUUAACAUGAUUUAUUUCGGCUUUUAUCAUUCUGUUAAAAAUAUUAUUCCUGAAUAUAAAGACAAUCCUGUUAAAGAAUUCUUCCGUAAAGUUGCCAUUGGCUUCACAUCUGGUACAUUAGGUUCGGUCAUCAAUAUACCAUUUGAUGUUGCAAAAUCGCGUAUUCAAGGACCACAACCACAGCCAGGUGUCGUUAAAUAUAAAUCAACAUUCCAAGCCAUUCAACUCGUUUAUCGCGAGGAAGGAUUUAAAGCUUUAUAUAAGGGAUUAACACCUAAAGUUAUGCGAUUAGCUCCAGGUGGUGCUAUCAUGAUGAUCGUAUAUGAGUAUGUCUAUGAAGCUCUGGACAAUUACAUUUAAAUUAUUGUCUCAUUUUGUGUGUUCAUUUGAAAUGUUUUUAUGAAAAAUAUUUUUGGAAGUGAAUUUUUGAAUCUGAAAAAAUUUCUAGCUCAAAUUUUAGGAUGAAAAUUUUUGAAAUUUUCUAACAUAGAACAUAAAAGUACAUAGAUUGUAAGUUUGAUUGCUUUUAACCGAUUAACUGCAUUUACAAUUAUUCUGACUGUUUGCAAUAGACUUAAUUAAUUAUUCAUAUACACAAACACACAUUUUUAUGCAUUUUUUAAUAUUGAACCUCAUUCGGGUAAAGGUCAGCAUUACAUAAACAAGAGUUUUUAUAAUAGAGUGUAGUUGAUGCUUCAACAUCAAGUUGUUGAGAA